AUGUACAACUCUCACGGCGCGUACCAGCAGCCGGGAUGGCAGCCUGGAGCCAAUCAGUCCUUUCAUCGCAAUGGCCCACCUCCAGCGAAAAAGGUCAAGAAUAAUCCAGUCAUCACUCGCUAUCCUCCACCGCCCGGCUACAGAGGACCAGCUCAACCGCACGCUCCUCCGUAUCAACAGCAGCCUGUCUGGGCACCGCAACCUCCGCAAUUCCCAUUCAAUCAACAAGCGUAUCCUGGCUAUGGCCCUCCUCAGACCUGGCAGCAACAGCAACAAUUCCAGCAGUAUCCUCCAACCGCCUACCCCGACCCCAAUUACUUCCAACAGCAACCGCCGGCUCCCUUUGCUCCUGUACCCUCUGCUUGGCCUAUGUCUACAUCACCUCCUCACGGUGGCGCGAGACCCCCACAGCAACGUCACCAUUCUACUGCCUCUUUGUCUGGCAGAUCCGAGCACGGCAACUCCGUCUCUGGCUAUGACGACGAAGACUUGGAGGAAGAUUUUUACGACGAAUGCUACUUCGCCGUGCACCCGGAAGAAAUUGACCUUAAACUCAGUCUUGGCAUGAUUGAAUGGAAGGCUCCUCUGCCCACCAAACGUCCCCUACCCUCAACCUUUGCAGAGGCUGAAUUGGAAGCUCUGGCGCCGCGAAAGCCUCUCCCCACAGACGACGAGUCCAUCUCAGACUACUUCAUCCGCUCUAAACGACACGAAGCAUCGCUGAGUGUUCGCCAGACGGAGUACUGGAACGAGGUCAAGGACGACAUUAUCUUCAGAGAGUUCCCCAUGAUCUGUGCAAGCAUCUUGACAAUGUCGGAACUGCUUGCCAAGUACAAGGAUCGACCGGACCCGACAUGGCGCUCGCGCGUCUACAGCCCGACUCCGGAUCCAGAGACAUCCGCCAUGGAUGUGGAUGACGAAAUCACGCCCAGACAGCAGCAGAAUCCGCAUUCGAGGAGGACGUCAAGAUCGCAGCAGUACCACCGCUCAAGAAGCGUAUCCGGAUCGCAAGACUACACGGACGAGCAAUCCGACGUGCUCGGCAGCCUGGAGAACGUAUCCCACAGCCGUCGACAUUCCCGCGCCAGUUCGGUAGCAUCCACUUCCUCCCAUCGCGCCUCCAAACCAACUCCCCUCAUGCCCAUCCGAGACGCCGCGCAAGAAGACAUCCUCGCAGCGCUGGGUGUCACCGGGUCGCCAAAGGUAGUCUAUCAGACCCCUGGUCCGGCCAUCGGCGCACCUCAACCGCAGCGAACAAGCAGGCACAACUCUAAUGCAAGUGGCAACGGGAGACCCCCGCCGCCGCCGCCACCGCCACCUCCAACUCAGGACAGGUAUCGACGGGCUUCCAAUGGGAGCCAUCACACCGCCGCGGGCUCGGAUUUCGGUGACCCGGAUGUGACGCCGCGGGCCAAGGUCCACAAGUCGGAGACCCGCAAGCGCGCGUACGAGGACUCUGAUGAUAGCGAUGCGCAGAAACAGCAGCAGCAACGUGCGUUCGGCGAUGACGAGGAAACGCCUAAACCGCGUCGGAAGCAGAAGCGUGUGGAUCGCAGUCACAAGUGGUGA